AUGGAUAGUCCGAAUGUGUUAGAUGAAAUGUCGGAAUAUUAUUUGUUCGCAUUACACGCCGCAACUUCAGUGUUGGUGAUGGCUACCAGCGGUGUGGCAUUAAUGUUAUUGAGUAUAGUUUUAGACCCCCGCCGUAACACGGGAUGCUUAAUUCUAGUUUUAGUUUCAUCUUUUAAAAAGGCGACAGUUGCUGAUAAAGUCGUUAGAACUACUAAUGAGUUACAAUGGAAUGUCCUCUGCUCUCAUCCUCCUUGUAAUGAAAGAGAAUGGGAGCAAUGGACUGGUUUGUUGAGAGUUCUAAAUGGUGUGAAGCUUCAAGAUGGGCCUGAUACAUGGGCUUGGAAAUCGGAUGGUAAUAGUGCUUUUUCAGUUGCUGUUGUUCGAGACCAGAUUUUGAGGUGUUCAAUGUUGAUUGAAGAAGAAUGGAAACAUUGGAAUCGUUGGGUUCCGUCGAAGGUUAAUAUUUUUUCUUGGAGAGUCGUUUUGGGGAGGAUUCCGGUUAAGGAGGAAUUAGCUAAACGAGGCGUUGUGCUUCAUAAUUCUGUGUGUCCUAUGUGUAAUAUUAAUAUUGAAACGGUGGAUCACUUGGUUUGUAAUUGCAAUAUGUCAAAGGUUAUCUGGUGGAAUGUCCUCGCGUGGGUGAAGCUCCCAGUCGGUACUUUGUUCGGAGCGGCUAAAGAAGUCUUAAAUUAUAUUGAAGGGAGGAAAGGUUCUAAAGUUUGGAAACAGGUGAUAAAUUUGAUCUUUCAGAUUACUAUUUGGCAUAUAUGGAAGACUCGUAAUGCGAAGGAGUACAGGAACAUUCAAGUCUCUGGAAACAUGGUGGUAGAUGACAUUAAAGCUGACUCCUUCAUCUGGUUAAAGAGUCGAUCAAAAUUAGAUAAGGUGGAUUGGGGUAGAUGGGUGGAUUUCAAUAUUCAAGAUAUUAUUAUAUAA